AGGAAUAGUAGACAAAUUAGAAAAAUAACUUUUACCUGCGUUUUAUAAGCUGAAGUACAUGAUACACACUAUCUCAUGUUGAUAACAAACGCCGUCAUCCCAUCACUAGAGUGUACGUUCCACACAGCAUUAUAAAACAAAUCUUGAUAAAACUCAUUCGUAAACCCUUCAUCGUAUCUACUUUUUCUACAUGAUAUUUUAGGGACGCAAUUUGACUUCAUCCUAUAAACCAUACAAAGCAUUGCGUGUCGUCACAUAAACAAACAUCAGGGGCUACCAAAUGAAGAGAUUAUCGGAUGGUGUGGACAUCUAGUCCAAGGGGAAUAAAGAUAGACUCGUCGGAAAUCAGCGAACUAUCUGCAUCCGCUAUUUCACUGGCUCUCUGAUGUCUAACGGAUAGUAUUAUAAGCUCUUAAAUUAAUUCCUAACGCAAUUGCGGUCAACGCCGCAGGAAAGUCAUUAGUUUUGCGAUUGGACUUUAAAUGGUUUUACCAAGGGGAAGGAACGAAAAGCGGCCGCGACCAAACACUGCUGGUUUAACAAAUUUGGUUUGAGUGUCUGUUUUAGAUUGAGUGAACUUCCCAUUAUCAGUUGCAUGAAAGUCAAGAGUCUGACAAGAAACCCAUGAAAGGAAGUGCUCUUUUUGCCUUUUUUUUUCUUUUUCGGCAGUUAUAUUAUGCUUCCUUCGGUGUGAUGAGAGAGAUCAGGAAAUGCAAGUUGUGAAAGGAAUGCGCAAAUUCACUCACGUGUUAGCUCUCGAGAUAAGAAAAUGCUAUAAGUUCACCCCUCAAACAAGGAACCUUCCAGACCAGAAGACAUCUUCGAAGAGACCAGCGAAAGAGAGCACUCAGCGUAUAACCACCACUCACUUCCAGGAGAAGUAAACGUGAGUAAGAGAGUCAUGUGUCCAACGAUUUACUUGGUGCUGGCGUUAGUGAUACUGAUCUCACAGGAAAUAAGAGCUAGUCCUGUCAGCAUAGUCAACAGAUUCUAUAACAAAGAAGUUCCUUCUGACAAAUCAUCGUGCUUCUAUGACGGCCGCUACUACCUCGCCAACUCCAGCUUUAUCAGCAAGGACUGUCAGCUCCAGUGCUACUGUGCGGGGGGUGGAGGGGUGAGUUGCAUGGGUCUAUGUACCCCUCUACAGGGAGGGGUGUGUCCGGUGGGAAAGACGAUGAAGAGAAGACGCCAGUACUCGGACUCUGGGCCAACCAGCUGCUUCUGCACGGAUUGUGUGCCAGAAUUCUGCUACGGUCAAAAUGGGGAACGAUUUAGAAUCGGGGAGUCGUUCGAGAAGCCGAACUGCACGGAGCGUUGUGUUUGUACCGAAGAGGGACACAUUCGCUGCUCACCUGUCUGUCCCGAGCUAAGAUGUCCCAAGGGGUACAGAGUUAAGACCAUGGCGGGAAAAGGGCCUACUGCCUCAGGCUGCUCUUGUCCGCGCCAGCGAUGCAAAAAGCAAAAACGUAGCUGCACCGUCGAAGGAAAAACCCAUUACAGUGGCCGUCCAUUCGUAACUGGCAGCUGCCUGUCAACGUGUCGAUGUCGCAAAAGUGGCAAGGCGCAUUGUACGCCAACAUGCCCACCACAAAAUACUCCGCACUGCUCGCAUAACGAGAGACUAGUGGAGAGACAGCUUCCGGUUCCGCUAUCAAGAGGUCGCUGCGCAUGCACCAAAAAAGCCUGCGUUUCAGUGUCGCCAAAUGUCAACACUCGCAGUCAACCCAUUGUUGAUCCUCGUACAGCAUGUCAGCACAAGAACAUAUCCGGCCCUUACAUCUCUUCCGACUGCAGGGAAAGGUGUCGCUGUACCAAGGCGGGUCACCUUCUAUGCUUACCACUCUGCCCAACCCUCCCUGUAUGGUGCUCUAAAGGCGAAGAAAAAAUUGAAAUAAGAAAGACCGUCAGGGGGAGUCACUGUUCUUGUCUUAGGACUGUUUGUAGAAAACGAAAAGUUAAGCCUCAAGUGACAUGUUCACUCGAUGGCAGAUCGUUCGGCCAAGGCGAGACCCUUGUCGAUAGAAACUGCACACAGGCUUGUAGAUGCCGCGCGCAAGGCGUAAUGAGGUGCAGACCGCUGUGUCCGUCACGUGAUACAGCAAUCUCACAGUGUCCUCACGAUCACGUGAUAACUCAAGUACCUGUUGCCAAUGCACCCCGCUGCAUGUGUGCAAGAGUGACUUGCAGCUCUGUGAGCGUCGACAAGAUUGAAAUCAAGGAGCAUGCUCAGUAAUGAGAUAUUUGCGUAUCCCAGCAUACAUAGCGUGGAACAUUCCUGGAACGGGAGAAACCGACACGGCUGCAGUGACGCAGUUUCGUCUGUAUAUAAAUAGUUCUUACUUGUAUAAGGACCUCAAAGGACGUAUUCCACACCUCUCGUUCCCCGGCGGGACAAGUGUCAUAAGUUCAAUAGAACAUUUGAUCAAUAGAACACAUGAUCGCAAGUUAUUGAAAGAACAUCGGAUCAUAAGUGAUCACCUUAGUGCUAUAAUAGAAAAGACAUUUCGUGUCAACAAUAAAAUUCUUCAUCAAUGGAACACUUGAUCGAGAUGGAACAUUGGACCACGUGAUCAUGUUAUUCAUCUUUGACAUCUUUAGCGUCACAUCACCACGUGUUGUAGAUGGUUGGUGAAAACAUUGCUGAUUGGCUAACGCUUAUGAUGCCUUUGGAUCACAUGACCACAUCAUCAUAUAGUCGAAUUACACAUUCAUAAUAUCGUUGAUGGAAAUGUUAUUGCAGAUAUAUCAUCUCAAGUGAAAAGCAGCGAGUAUUUGGCAUAUUGUUGCCAGCUUGUCUCGCUGAUAAUCUCAAGUGAUAUGUAGCGAUUAUUUGGCAUUUUGUUGCUAGCUUGUCGUAUUGUCACUUUCCCUAUAUUUAUCUUUAAGUUAUUCGAGUGUAUUCUUAUAGCUAUUCCAAAGAAUCGCAAUACCGAGCUCUAGAAAGUGACAUUUAUAGAGGUCUGGGACUCUUAUUGGAGCAAUAAUAAAAGUAUAUUGGCUAAGAAA